GCUUAAUUCUAAAAUAAUUUUAAGACUUUCCAUCGAAACGUACUUCAUUCUGUUGCUUGGACAUCUUUCGGGUAAGAACGAAUUUCAAUUCCUUAUACAACGUUCAUGACUUACCGUCAAAAGUCAAAUGGACACUACUGAGCCUAUUGAUUUCGUUAGGGAGUUAAGUUAUCCUACAACAUUUGCAACAUCUCCGUUGUUUCCUCUGUUAUUGAUAUCUCUGUCUCUACAAAGAUCAGCACCGAGGCUAAAAUCAAUCUUCCGCUCAGAAUACGAUUACAUUAUAGUUGGAGGAGGAACUGCCGGUUCUGUUGUCGCCAGUCGUUUGUCAGAAAUCCCUUGCGUGAGCGUUCUUUUGCUAGAGGCUGGCAGCAACCCGCCUCUGAUUACUGAAGUACCAGCCGAAUACAGAAGGCUAGAGAAAAGCGAUGUUGACUGGAAGUUUCUAACCACCCCGCAAAGAUAUACGGGAGCAGGAGUUAUUGACAGGAGAAUACCUUGGCCAAGUGGGAGGAUUGUAGGCGGAGGCAGCUCAAUGGGUUCUAUGGCAUAUGUUAGAGGUAACCGACAAAAUUAUGACGAUUGGGCUCGACAGGGAGCAGCAGGUUGGAGCUACGAAGAUGUUCUUCCAUACUUCAUAAAGAUGGAAGAUUAUAGAGUACCGGAAGCUACAGAAAGUGAGUACCAUGGUUAUGGAGGACCAAUAGCGAUAUCUAAAGAAGAUGAGCCCAAUAUUGCGGACGAAGCCAUUAGGAGAGCUGUUGAAAACUUGGGUUACGAAUUUUCGGAUGUUAACGCCGAGAGUCAAACAGGUUUCUACGAUAACCCACUGACGACAAGAAAUGGACAGAGGUGCAGUACAGCUAAAGCUUAUUUGGUUCCAGCUGAAAAUCGAACUAAUCUGGACAUCGUGGCAAAUGCAUUUGCAACAAAGAUAUUAAUCCGAAACAAACAAGCCGUGGGUGUGGAGUUCGAAUUUAGGAAUACCCUUAAUCGAAUAAGGGCAAGAAGAGAAGUGGUCGUGUCUGCUGGUACGGUAAAAACUCCCCAAUUACUCAUGCUGUCAGGAAUAGGACCUACAUCGGAGUUGGCAAAAUUUAACGUGUCUGUCAUUGAAAAUCUUCCCGUUGGUCAAAACUUGCAAGAUCAUGCUGGUUCGAUACUUAGUUAUGUUCUCAAUAGUAAUGUACCGAGAUUCUAUGAUGAAAUUCGAGAUCCUGAAAAUCUUGCGGAGUACAUCAAUAACAGAACAGGUCCUCUAAAUGCAAUAGGAAGUUAUCUACGGGCAUUUCUACCUAAUAAUGAUCGACGUUCGCCAAUGGAUAGUCCAGAUCACAUGCUGUAUCUGUUAGAUCUUGACCGAAUUGUGGCACGCGAACAAGUAAAUUUCCGGGACGAGGUCUUCGAGCAAUAUUUUGGACCACAUACAUCCAAUACGACCGUAACAUGCGUUGCUCAAACUUUGCAUCCUGCCAGCAGAGGAACAAUCACACUGAAUUCUACCAACCCAUACGACCAGCCUUUGAUAGACCCAAAUUAUUUCGCUGAUAACCAAGAUCUGCAAGAUAUAGUACAAGGUCUAAGAAGCUGCAACAGGUUAAUGUCGGACCCUGCCAUGAGGGCAGUAGGCACACAACCUUUCGAAAAUUUAAUGCCUGGAUGUGAAGGCUAUGCUGGCAAUACUCAAGAGUAUCUUACUUGCGUUGUAAGAACUUUUGUUGUAACAACUGGUCACUACGUUGGGACUGCGAAAAUGGGUCAUCCUAAUGACAGGACAGCAGUAGUUGAUCCACAAUUAAGGGUGAAAAACAUAAGGAAUCUGCGAGUUGUAGAUGCUUCUAUUAUGCCCACAAUACCGUGGGGCCCAACCCUCAUACCGACCAUUAUGGUUGCAGAAAAAGCAUCAGAUAUAAUCAAGGAAACUAUCGAUUGUGAUGACUAAGCAACAUAAAAAGCUUAGUUGAGUAAUUAUGUACAGUUUAAAUAAAUAUUCAUUUUUGUUUACUAGGAA